UGGUUUCAAGGGCAGAUUUACAGUGAGAGCCCAACACAGAAUGUGCGGAGCAGCAUACUAAUAUAUUGCGAGGAUUAACAGCAAGAAUUCCCAAACGCUGGGGGUGGGGUUGUUGGGGAGUGCUGCACAUGCCAGAGUGACCCGACCCAUUGACACUAUGAUAAAUAAGUUACUAAUGUCAUGUGCAGAUAUCAUAAAGCUUGUGACUGUAUAGUUGGUGAAGUAAUUUUGGUAGUUGUUCAUUGGCAGUGGAAACUGCGUAGAAUGGUGGCUCUAGGGAGCACUUCAAUUGUAUUGGCGCAAAUGGUAAGUGCACCAGGUCAGGUACUUGUUUGAUAACAUGCCAAGCACCGACUUUACCCCACACUAGUGUUUGUGGCAUAUAGCAGGCCUCUCAUCUGCUGUAUGUGUGACAUUGAAAUGGCAAACAUUUGCAAGUUUGUUGUGUAGUUUGUUUUGAUGCUAUGGGUCUGUUUCUGUACAAGGUUUCCAACUUUCUUGGAAGUUUAAAUUCAAGUCAGGUCAUUUUAGUCAGUUGUUUACUAGGUUUUAAAAUCUCAGAUUCGCUUAAUAGGACUAGGUGUUAUAAUCCCACUAUUUCAGCACAGUUUAAUUGCCCAAUAGGACAUUUCCCAAGCUUUAUGCAUGACAGGGGGAAGCAGUCAAGAAUACGAAUAGAGGAAAGGAGGUCUGAGGUUUCACUGGGUUCGUUGGGUAGGCAUCCUCUGUGUUUGGAGUAUCUAUGAUUAUAGAAAUACAUAGCAUAUUUAUACUUACCUUUCCUUGCUAUUAUCAGGGAGACAUCUCAUGAGUUGUGUGUCGUGAUCUCAGUCUUGUCGUUGCUUUGUGUCUUUGUGUGGGUGUGUGUUUUGUCGAAUUCGUGGAGUGCCAAUUGACAGCUCCACACGUGUUCGGUGUCUGCGUCACUCACCCCACCCCUGUGUCUCCCUACCAGACUUUCCCCUCACCGGUUUCCCAUCACCUCAUCACUCUCACCCCUGUAGCUUGUUCCUGAUCAGCAGCUUCCCCUAGUCCCUCAUUAUGUUCCUCCUGCAGGUUAUUCCCGCCUUUUAGGUUUUCUCUAUUUAAUCGGGAAGCUACCUCGGGAUCUGGACGCUCUCACCAACUUGUGUCUUCGGGUCGAGAGUCGGAUUAACAACCGCCGGCGCCGCCAACCCUCACCGCCCUCCUGGCGUGUCCGGGAUGCCAACACUCCUCAGAGAACAGUCGGAGCAGGCACCGACGAUGAACCGAUGCAACUAGGAUGUAUUGUGUAAUUUCUGGGCACAUAUAGAAUAUAUUGUGUAAUUUCUGGGCACAUAUAGAUGUUUUUUACAUGUAUUGAGCACUGUUUUUCACCACAGUUAUAAAUGCACUUGAUAAAAUACCUAAAAAGUAUUGAGAAGUAUUCAUAGGAACAUUAGUACAUAGUUGGGUUGAUCUGAAAUCAUAUUCAAUAAGAAUAAUUACAUAUAAGUAGGUUUAUGAUGAUAAUUUGAUUAUUUGAAGAAGAAUUGAUGAUUUAAUGACACAAUCUGUACCUGUAACCAAUGAUUGUUCAUAUAAAUGCACUUAAUGUCACUUUAAGCAUGUUUAAAGCACAUUUGAGCACAGUGUAACAAGGUAAAAUCCAGUGAUGUUUUUUAGAGGCCUAAAGUUUGAAGCCUGUUGUGCUCUCUCUGAAACCUGGGGAUUUUCCACUGUUUAAAAGUAACCAUGAUUACGCACGUACGCCACGCCGUCUCGUAUGGAGACCAUGGCUUGUUUGGUGGUCUUGUGUAGUAACCAUUGUAUGCAAAUUAUUUUAAAAAUGAUGUAAUAACCAGCGUACCACCAUUAGAUACGUACCUUGUUACCUGGGACUUAUUGGUGGCAGGCAAUUAACAAUUGGUUAAUAAAAAUAAGAGAUAACAGGAAAAUACCUGAUUGGUUUCAGAAGAGACCACCUUUCAGAAAUUUUACUAUAACUGUAGACUGGAAAACACUUGGUUUUUAGAUGACUUGGAACAUCUCACUUUGUUUGGCUCGAGCAAAUAAAGUUAACUCCUUGGCACCCGGACCUUCUUUGUCUGAGAGAUUUUUUGAACUACAAGACUGAUAUUUUUCCACAACAGAUGCUCAUGUUUGUCUCCGCAGCAGAAGCAGCAGCGUCUGCUAGGAGGACUUUGCUUCUACUGUGGGAAAUCUGUGCAUCAGGUUGGACAGUGCCCGUUAAAAGAUCUCAGGUGGGCGCUAUUCCUAUUACCUCUCCUGUCUCCCGCACCCUACUGCCAUUCCGGAUUUUGUUCGCUGGUCACAGCCACACCAGGCAAGCACUUCUCAACUCAGGUGCUGAGGGAAGUUUCCUCGAGGGAAGAUUCCUUGAUGCAGCCACAGCGAGCCGGUGGAAGUAUCCAGUUAAAUGCCCCGCCAAGCCCAUCUCGGUCCAGACGCUAGCGGGUCUUCCCUUUGCUACCAUAACUCACGUCACCCCUCACGUCGAAGCCGCCAAUUUGACUGGGGUCCCGGAGGAGUACCACGAUCUGCGCACGGUGUUCAGCAGAACCCGUGUGUCCAGUGGGCAGGUUGUUUGUUCCGGCCACGCUGUGCCCCUAAGUACUGCAGUGGGGUCAUUCAUCUAAGUUUGUUGGCCAUCCAGGAAUCCGGGGAACCCUGGCUUCCAUCUGCCAGCGGUUUUGGUGGCCCUCCAUGGCUGCAGAUGUUAGACAGUUCGUGUUGGCUUACCCUGUCUGCGCUCAUUGUAAGCCCUCCCACCGCCCCCUGCUGGUCUGCUCCACCCACUUCCCAUCCCUUCCCGCCCUUGGUCACACAUCGCCUUAGAUUUUGUCACUGGAGCUGGGUGCUGUCUCGCGACAUUCUGGACCGGUCGCUGAUUGUGGACGUCCACCGGAGACGAGUUCCCAUUGGCGUCCUGGACCGUCCUGCUCUCUACACUCCGGCAUCUCUUCACCAGCGACCACCUCUCUCUGCAAGAAUCGGCCGGCGGGUCGAGGGAUGUCCCCGCCGUGCGUUCCCCCCUUCGUGGGACAGAAUCUCCCGGACUGGGUCUACUUCAGAUUCUUCCGUGAGUGCCGUCGUGUCGAGUCCUCUCCCCGCAGACUCACGUGGUUCCGAGGCCUGUGUCUCUUGGUGGAUUCUUGUGGAAACUUUUCAAUAAAGACCUAUUCAUUCCCGCAAUUGAGUCUCCGCUAUCUCUGUUCACGCACAGUUAUGACAGUUGUGUAUCUGAUCCCACUUUCAUCACAUCCAUUAUCCUGGGUGAAAGAUGCCUUUUGGUAAGGUGCUGCUGAUAGUGCCCCUUGUA